GAAUUAAUCCAUAUGAUACUAAGUCAUUUGUGCAUUUUGGUGGCAAUUUAGUAGAUUUUUGGGAAUCAACUGAAGGAGUAGGCCCGGAAUUAGCUCAAUCAUCUAUGGGAUUAUUACAUACUAGUCAUUGGAAUUGGCUUAAGCCAGAUAAGGUCUUGGCAAUGAGCAAAAUUCGAAGUGAUAUUCUUCAUACUUGCAAAAUCAAAAAUUCAAAAGAAUAUGAUAAUCAUAUUCACCAGUUACAUAUUGCAGCACCUAUAUCAUCAGAUGAUGAAUCCUCUAAAGAAUUAACUAUCUCUGACUUGGAUUACCAAGUAAGCGACAAUGAAAGUAAAAGUAAUAUCGACGAAGCAAUUACUGGGCCUAGUAAUAUUGAGAAAAUAGCUCCUGGGUCUAAUACUGAAUCCGGAGAACAAGAAAGCCAAUCCGAAAACCAGGAUGAUAAAAUUUUGCUAGCAAGCGAUUGGGAUAUGAAUUUUGGUUUUGGGAAGCGAAAUAAACAUCUUGCCGAUGAUGAGACAGCAAAAUGGCCUCCAGACCUACUUUUUAUUUCCUCUUUAGAAGCACCAUCAUUUUUUGAAUCGGAACUUACUUCUUUAUUAAAAUAA